UGAGCCAAUCAGGAAUGGCAGGCUUUACUUCCCGCCUUUGAGCACUUUGAGCCUGUGGGAAGUUGUGUUUUGAUUUUCCCUUUCUAUCCAGAAUUGCACCCCACCCACUUUUAAUUAGUCAUUUGCAUCACUUUGGUUGGGACCAGAGAACAGCGUUAGAGGAGCCAUGGCUGCUGGAACAGCACUCAUAUAUGACGAUGAAAUGAGAAACCAUAAGCUAAUGUGGGAUGAUCCAGUCUGUGUGAUUGAAGUACCUGAGAGACUCUCUUCUUGCUAUGAGCACCUUCAGGGUUAUAAUCUGAUCGAAAGAUGCACAUCUAUACCUGUCAGAGAAGCCACUGAAGAUGAAAUCAUGCUGGUUCACAGUUCAGACUACUUGGAAAUUGUAAAAAGCACUGAGAAAAUGAAGAAAGAAGAACUCCAGAAAAUCUCCACUGAUUUUGAUGCUGUUUACUUCCAUCCAACUACGUACCGCUGUGCCAAAUUGGCUGCCGGAGCCACACUGGAACUGGUGGAUGCCGUGAUGUCGGGAAGAACGCGUAACGGGAUGGCUUUAGUAAGGCCUCCAGGUCACCACAGCCAGAGAAAUGCAGCCAAUGGCUUCUGCAUAUUCAACAAUGUUGCAAUUGCUGCAAAAUAUGCCCAAAAGAAAUACGGUCUUGAGCGGAUUCUUAUUGUUGACUGGGAUGUACAUCAUGGCCAAGGAAUUCAGUAUAUAUUUGAUGAAGAUCCAAGUGUUCUUUAUUUUUCCUGGCAUCGAUUUGAACACCAGCAGUUCUGGCCUUCUCUCAAAGAAUCGGAUUAUGAUGCCGUUGGACAAGGAAAAGGGAAAGGAUUCAACAUAAAUGUACCUUGGAAUAAGGUUGGAAUGAGAAAUGCGGAUUAUGUUGCAGUCUUCCUUCAUGUAUUGCUCCCAUUGGUUUUUGAGUUUGAUCCAGAGCUUGUUUUGGUCUCUGCUGGUUACGACUCUGGAAUUGGGGAUCCAGAGGGUGAGAUGUGUGCUACACCUGAAUGUUUUGCCCACCUGACUCAUUUCCUAAUGCAUUUGGCAAAAGGGAAAUUGUGUCUGGUUCUAGAGGGUGGAUAUCAUCUGAGGUCACUCUCUGAAUCAGUUUGCAUGACUAUAAAAACUCUGCUUGGAGAUCCGUUGCCCUGUUUAUCUGGAGAAAUGGCACCAUGCUUAAGUGCACUAGAAUCAAUCCAUAAUGUGAGAGCUGCACACAAGCCAUACUGGAAAUGUUUGCUGCAUGAAGGCACAACUCCAUUGCAAGACCUCAGUACCAGAUCCGACGUGACAGGGAAAGCAGAACCAGCACAAACUCCUCAAGAGGCAAAGAAAGAUGAGGUCAUUAAAACGAAUAGAUUUUUGGACCUACAUAUGAAAAACACUGCAUCCUUGAAAUCUCCUCUCAGAAUAGCAGUAGCUCUUGAUGAAAGUGAUUCACAUUUGCUACCACCGUCUGUUCAGCUCGAGAAGGGAACAGAUGCAAAGGAGCUACAGACCAUAAGCAGCGUAUUUGAUUCUAAACUUCUGAAAGAGGACAAGAUCUUGAAGAUGUUGGCUGUUCUGGGAAAAAUAAUUAAAAAGGAGGUGACCAAUGGCCUUGCAACAACACCUGAAGCUUCACAGUCCUUGGCCAUUGCUCUAAAACACUGCAGCAACCUGAAGGUACAAAAGGUCCUGUGUGUAUUUGUUGGUGACAUGGAUAUGAACAUUGACUUGGAGGAUGGAAAAGUGCUUUUGAUUAAUAUCUCUGCUAAGCAAUUGGAACAAUCCAACACCAAGUAUAAUAUAUUUCUCCACUGGAAGGAGGAUAUUGAGACAACCACUUUCAUCUCAGCUCUUACUGGACUUAUUCUUCCGGUAGCAUAUAGCUAUCAGCCUGAUCUAACUGUUGUCGUCAUUGGACAAAACCAGAGCCUCAGCCAAAAUGGCAUUUCUUUACUUAUCAGUUUACUGCAAGGAUUAGCACAGUCUCGGGUUCUUGUUCUGAUUCAGGAUUCAGGAUCAAAAUUAUUGCAAGAUGUAAUCAAGCUUUUGAUGGGAGACUUUACACCUUUUUUGGGAAAAUACACCCCUGCUUUAAAAGAGAAUAUGCAAAUGAUAACGGAAUUAAGACAGCAGCUUCAGCAGGAAUGGAAAAUGCUCCAGUGUUCAGCAAAGGUUUCCAGUACUGAAAAAUGAAAUUUACCUGGCUGUUGUUCUGGUUGCAGUUGGUGUAAAUAGAACAUAAAGGAUGAGAAAAUGGAGUCUUACUCAGUACCAAAAAAAUGAAGAAUGAACUAUGGCACAUGAAUGACAAUGAAAGGCGCAUUGGAAACCAUAUU